AUGGAUACUGACACUCAAAAUACCGACAGUAAAACUGUAACAAAUGUGGAUAACGUUCUUUCACGAACCAUUUCUAUUUGGAGUGACACUAUUGAUGAUGAGUUAGAUGACGAAUUACAUCCAAACCAUCAUAAUUCCAGUAACGAAGAUGCGUUAUUUGAAUUACCUUUAAAGAGUAAUUAUUUCCAUAAUACCAACUUUGCCCAAUUAUCUAAUUCCUUUGACGAUGAUGAUUCGACAUCUAUAUUGGCUACCAAUAAUAAAAAAGUUCGUUUCAUCGAUAGUCAAAAAGGGCACGCGAAUCAUAGCCGUAGUGUUGAUGAUUUAAGUAACGAUGGAGAUGAUGAGAAUGACCUUUUAGAUAAUCCAAAUUCAAGUAGGAAAGGCACUCCCAUAGAUGAUUUCAUUAAGAGACCUAAUUCCUCGUGUACUAAUUCUAUGUUAAGUACACCGGUCUCAAGAAAGAGAAAUAUUGAGGAAUUAUUGCAAUAUUCAAGUCAAGUAAAUGAUUUUUUAUCUCAUAAUAUGGAUAGAAUUGAUAAGUUAAGAGCUGAAGUGUUUACUAAUGAUGGAUUAUAUAGACCAUUGAGCGAUGUAGCUACCCAAACAACAUCCCCCAUGGAUUAUAUCUCUAAUUUCGAACUGAGCGACAAAGAAUUAAGUAUUAAUGGGAACGCCAAUCUUUUAAAUAACAAUAGCAAAUCUGGUAAUACUGAAGGGGACCUAGACCUCCAAAGUAAUAUCACAAAGGAAAUGAAUGAUCCUACGGAGGAUAUCAGUGACCGGAAUGAUUUGGCAAACUUAUUGAAAGAUCCAAAUAAGUUUAAUUUAUCAACAACAUCGUUUCUUUCAUCGUCUGGUAGAAAUACACCAACACCAAGUCGGCAACAAUCACAAAUAAUGGGUGGGUCGAGUAGUCAAGAUUUAUUAGUUUCUUCGAAAUCGCCGUCUCCACUGUCUUCGAUAUCAUUCUUGAAUCAAUUAAACGAACAAAUAUUAAAUUUCAAAGAUUUAAAUAUCAGUAAUAUUAGAGAUGAACAAUUGAGAAAUGAAAAUAAGGCAGCUUCGGUUUCAAAUUCAGAAAUUCCCAUGAUUUAUAAAAAAUAUAAAGACUCUAUUUCUAACGAAGCUCCAACUAUAGAUGAAGAAGCUUCUAUCAAUAUGUUCCAUGAUUCUAUCUCAUGUAUUUUUGAAUUAUCCAAGAAACAAGAAAAUUUGACUGAUGAUAAUAAUGGGACCUCCCAUUUAGCUUCCAAUAUAAACCAAUAUAAAAUUAAUACUGAUGAAAAUGAUGAAUUCAAUAAUUUCAAGAUGAAAAGUACACCUACUUUAUCAUUUGGAGAAUUCAUCAAAAGAAUCCAAUCUAAAUGUAUGUUUGGACCUAUUGUUUAUUUAUCUGCAUCAUAUUUAUUGCAAAUCUUGCUAUUGACAAGAGACGGCGAAAAUGGUGCUUUAAAAUUGAAAAUUAUAUUACACGAAAAUGAAAUCCAUAGAUUAAUCAUUGCUACGAUACGUAUUGCCACGAAAUUGAUAGAAGAUUCAGUCCAUUCACAUCUCUACAUGUCUAAAGUGUGUGGUGUCUCCAAGAAACUACUGCUAAAGAUCGAAAUCUCUCUGUUGAUGUGUAUUGUAGAUGAAAAUAUUGUCAUUACUUGCAAACAUCUAAACGUUCCAAGAUUCGUAUUGGAUGAAUUGAAGAGUAUGGUAAUGCCCCCUGACCAAUAA